AUGUAUAAAUAUACAAAAAAUUUGAUAAUAUUAAGUUGUCAAGGAAAAAAUGAAUCAUUUAUUAAAAAACCAUUAGAUUUUGAAGAUAUUACAGAUAAUGAAAUUGAAUCAAGUUCAUGUUUUAAUUAUAAAGUAGCAUUAAUUACAUUUGGUGUAUUUAAUUUAGUUAGAAUUAUUUCAUAUUACUAUGAAGUAAUGUUAUUUAAAACAAUGAAUUCUUGUUAUAUGAGACAAGAUUUUCCUUGUCUUCAUAUGGGUUCAAUGUUAGCAACACCAUAUAUUUGUUAUCAAUUAUGUCAUACAUUUGCCGUUCAAUAUGGAGGAGAAUUUUUAUUUUUAUACAUUUUAUCAAUAGCAUUUAUUUUUGUUAUGUAUUCAUAUAUUAGUGGAUUUAUCAAUCUUGUUAAAAAUAUAUCAUAUUGUCUUAAAAAUAGAUAUUAUUCACAUUGGUUUCAAUUAUAUACUAGUCUUAUAGCUUUAUUCAUUUAUGGAUCUAUUAUUUUAACUACAUUUAUUCAUCUAAUAUUUUCUAUUCCUUCACCAAUAAUAAUUUAUGGAUAUCCAUUAUAUUAUCCAUAUAUUAAUUUUCCACUUGUUUUAUUUCUUAUGCAUCAUCAUAUUAUUAGAAGUCAUAAAGAGGUUUCAUCUAUAUUGUAUAAAGUUAUUGAAGAAGAUGUAUAUAUAUAUGCAAGACGUUUCAAAUGUAUAAAUGGUUCAAUAUGUUUUCGAGAAUCUAAUGUAUUUUUAUUAUCAACAAGACCUUCUGUUGAAAUGAAUAUUGUUUGGGAUACAUUAAGUUUUAAUAGAAUUAAAGUUGAUUCUUGUUAUAGUAAUUUAAUAUCAAAUCAACCAGUUAUAAAUAAAGUUGUAACAGUAAAAAAUAUGGAUGAAUUAGAUGGAUGGAUUCUUAAAAAAUUAAGAUAUUACAUACCAGAAAUGAAAAUUGAAAUUGCUGAAAAAUAUUAUUGA